AUGGCGGCCAAGCCUAUGGACGAACCCCAGUUCGUGUUCCCGGUAAACGUCCACGGAACCGCCGCACGGCCCCACCAGUGGUGCCCCCAUGACCCAAAAGUGCUUGAGCGGUACCGACCGCUGUCAGGGCAGACGGGCUGCACCCCGCAUGCUCAGCAGGUGCUCGGCACCCCCAGCAUCGCUCUUAGCUGCCCCCGUGAUUGGAAGAGCUUCAUGCGCCCGGCAUUAUCAUCGGGGGACUUCCUUUUACGGAAGGCUGCUUUUUAUGAUGAAUGUGAACGACACAGUGCAGGAAACGUCGCUGCUGGGGGGGGCACCAUGCCAACAUGGGGGACCCUGAGGGAGCUUAUGCGUCUCCCACCGCACAAGCAGCGGGGCCCCUGCAGUACUUUGACCAAGCACGCCUCUGUGCCUUGCGGGCUGUCUCCUCAGUCCCUUCUAAAGAAGGGGACAAACAACCAAAAACCCACAUACAACAAUGAGCCUUUCACUGACUUCAUUGCCCGGGUUCAAGAAGCAGUGGCCCGGGAGGUAUCCCACGCUGGAGCCCAAGAUGCGCAAACCAAGACCCUAAUAUGGAAAGGAGCCACACGGGAAUGCAGGAAGGCCAUUGCCCCUGAACGAAAUGGGGAGAUCACUGACUGGAUCCACCAAAGAUUUGGGGACACCAGGUCAUGCCAUGAGUACCCUUGCACAGGCUUUCCCUCUACGGCCGCCAGCGCCCGAGCGCCCCCUAAUGGCACAGCGGGAACCCGACCUGGUGGGCACAUUGCCAUUAUUGACACCAAGGACUGCUUUUCUCCCAUCCCCCUACAUCCCAAAGAUAAGGAAUAUUUUGCCUUCUCAAGGGCCACCUCUCCCGGAGAGACACAAAGUUCUCAGACUCUCUUCAGCUUUUGUUCGCCAUGGCGGUUACUGUGUCUUCCAGAGCUUCUCAUCGUGUCUUCUCACAAGACUUUCAGAAUCAAGCGGUUUCUGGCCAAGAAACAAAAGCAAAAUCGCCCCAUUCCCCAGUGGAUUCGGAUGAAAACUGGUAACAAAAUCAGGUCCAACUCCAAGAGAAGAACCUGGAGAAGAAUCAAAAUGGGUCUGUAAGGAAUUGCUUCAGAUGCCCACCUAUUUAUGCUCUACCAUGAACCAGUCAAGCUGAAACGUCAAUACUGCCUGGACUGACAGUUGGGCAGUUUUUAAAUGGAUUUUUCUUUG